AUGGCGAUUUAUGGCCUGACAAAAUCUUUGGUUAAUGACGAAAAUGAUCCAAAAAUUAUGGUUUGGACAAAGCUUCAAGUGCCCUGUGGGGAGGGGUUAGAUACCAUGAGUUAUGAGCUCGGAAGCCAGGAUCGACAAGGCCGCCUCGCCGUCUUCCUUACCGACUCCAACUGGAUGAACGGGGCCAUCGUGAAGGGCUCUUUCCCAAUUCGGACAUCUCGGUGGGAUAAUCUGGAGCCUGGCGACGAGCAGCUGGUGUAUCUGAAAGAGCUGGGAAUGCUCUUCAGCUAUUGGAACUAUCCCGAGGUGUGGCAGUCGUUCUGUGACAGCUACAAUGGGAUACGCGACGUGCUGCUUCAGUUUGACAACUGGUACACUGCCAACCGGGGGCCGAGCGAUCUAGUUGGGGAGUGGAAGAAGUUCAAUCAGCUCGAACUGAAGCGGAUUGUCGAGAAAGGGAAGGCAUCGGCGCAAUAUCUUAAGGAAAGUCGUAAGCCGGUGCCGAGCUUCUGGGGGUGGUGGUGGACGCUCAAAUGGCAGGAACUGUUCACCUAUUUCCCGGGGAACCUCCUGUAUCAGUUUGGUACGAUCAAGCUAAAUCAGACCUGCAUGAAUUUGCAGUAG